AUGGAUCAUUUUCUUGAACCCAAAUCCAACCAUAAUUCCUCGGGCAUGGUUUGCCGAAGCUCAAACACCAACAUCAACACCAGUACAACACCAUUGAUAUCGUCGUCCGAAUAUACUCCCAAAACCGAUGCGGAAAAGGCCAUGAAGAGUAAACCUCAAUCCCGCCGGCGGCGAUCUCGAACGCACCAAGGCACUCGUCCUUCGCGACUAGUUCCGACAGAUACCAUUGAUGGAUUAGAUCAUACAUCGCCUUACACAUUCCACCACGAGGGUCCAUUUGAUGCUGCCACGAGAGCACGGAAUCGGUUCAUCAAAUACAGCCCAUUAGACGCCGUGAAAAGCUCCAAUGCGGAGGCGCUGCGAGCUACACCUGCUGAUAAGAUCAGAGAUUGCUUAGACAGCCAUCGUCCCCUCGACGGAGUGGCAUAUUACCCGCCAGGGUCAACUGAUAGAGCCGGCCAAUUUUACGAUUACCAAGAAGGACCGAACAUGAUGGAUGAGCAUGGGAGGUUCAGGCGUCUUCCUGGCACAAGACUUACAGAUGAGGAUUUCAGAAAUGACGCGUUUUCUAACGGCCCUCCGGUGCCUAAGUUUGCGCGCACUCGUGAAUCGGUUAGCCUGCGAAAAAGCUUAUUCCAUAAAUCUUCGAAUGGGACCACAAGGAACCGCGCGCACACCUGGAGUUGA